AUGGAUAGUCAGCAAGGAGCCGUCCAGAUCAAGUCGUCACCAGUAGUUUUGCAUAGGAUACGAAGACACUCACACACAGUAACCACAGGUGAGGACGAAGAUGCUCCGCCGACGAAAACAUCGUCGAAAGAGAGAUCGAGACGGAAGAUCUAGUUCGUUUAGACGGCUAACUCAGAAGUAGACUAACUAGGUUUCCCCGGUUGAAGCAUGAACUUUUUGAGCAUAGUGGUAACCGGUUUCUUGCCAGGAUUCACAGCUGAUGGCAUCGGCUCGCCGACCGACCACGCUCAUAUUCCGUCCGGCGUCGUGACUAAAAUCGAUACGAUUCAGACGAAAAAGUGGUCCGUAGGCGGCAUCGUAUCGGCGCAGAUCAGGUGUGCAUUGUCCUGAACACAACGGGUCUAUGUUUCCUUUUAGUUUUCAGUUUGGUUUGGGAGGCUUUGUCUGAAUGUAUCCCCGAGAUAAUGCUUCUUUCGAUUCAGCAACUUUUUCUAAUAUUUUCAGCACUAACGGAGAGCCGAAGAAAAUGAUUUGCAAAAACUGCAACAAGAAGAUCAACUGCUGGUGCAAAAAGUGCACUCUCGAGAAGCUGAAACUUUAUUCUCGCCGCGAGAACAUCACAAUGCGGUACGAAGAAAAAGAGCGGCUUCAGACGGAAGUGCUCGCGAUUAUCGAUCCAAUAGAGACACUAAAAGAGCAGAUUGCCGCCAAGGAAGCCAGAAUUCUUCAUCUGCGAAAAGCCGUGGAGAAUGUGAAGUUGAAGAUUGGCAAGAAGCAGACUGAAAUGGCAAAACUGGACGAGAAGCAACCGGCCAAAUCGUCUCAGUUCACGGUAAGCAUUCAAAAAGUCCCAGAUGACUCCCGACAUACCUUAUUUUCAGAAUGUGUUCGCCACGCACGCCAGGUAUCUGCAGAAAUAUGCCAACAAAAAAGUGACACAAAAAGCAGCGGUGAGCAAGUUGGAAUCGGAAGUUGCGAACAUUCGAAUGCAGUACUGCAACCACGCGUGCCGCAUCUUUCCAGUCCAAGUGUUCGAUGUGAACGUGGAAAGUGUGGCGCCGCAGCAGAAGAACUCGAAAAACUGGGCACUGGUAGACGACUCGGAGCUUCAGAAGGGGCUCCGCGUGCAGAUUCGCAACUCGUACAUCAACGACAAACUUCGCGCGAAACUGGCGAUUCAGCUAACGAACGGAACGAUCAGUCUGCCGCUGGAUCUGCAUCCCCCGUUCGCCGCCUUCACGAACACUCUGCAACUCGUCCAUUUGCUCGGAGUGAUCUUCAACUUUCGACCGCCCGAGUCGCUUUCCCACCAUGAUCUGUGCAUUCGAGAGAGGUGGUCAAAAGGGUCGAUGAACACCGACUGGAUGACACUUUGCGACGCCGUCAUCUAUCUGUGUGCGUUCAUCGGAAUGCCGCCGUCGAAGCUGAAGUACAUGGACCCCCAUCACAAUCUGUGCGCACUCAUGACUUUCGUCGGCAACGAAAGGGAUAAGAUUCAGAAGAUCGGAGUGAGAAAUGAGAGCGGGAGCCUUAGAAAAUAUGAAAUUCAGAGCCGGCCAAUGUGUGAUCUUGCCGAGCUUCACGCACUGAUCGAGUCGCAGCGCCCUGAAGAAUGUUCUAAAAAAGACGAGGUCGACGAGUCGUGGAUCUUCGUCGAAUAA